GAAAUAGCUAAAUGAACACAUGGAUGCGUUAUGUUCAGUUUUACACAAACAGCCAAGAGAGGUUUGUCUAUGUCUGCUGGAGCUGGGAAGAAUAGCAUCCAGGUAUAAGGUCGAGCCACCUGGACUUAUAAAACUGGAGAAAGAGAUCGAACAGGAAGAGAAGACACCUGAACCUCCGCUCUCACCUGUACCUCCCACUUCCAAUUCUCAAUCUCCAUCUGUUUCUCCAUCCGUCUCUCCAUUCAACAAGACCAACUCCAGCAAAAAAAGCACCGGCAAGCUACUUGAUGAGGCUGUGAAGCACAUUUCUGAAGAUCCACCCUGUAAGUGCCCAAAUAAGUUCUGCAUAGAACGACAAUCACAGGGCCGUUACCGUGUUGGAGAGAAAAUGCUUUUCAUUAGAAUGCUGCAUAAUAAACAUGUGAUGGUGCGAGUUGGCGGAGGCUGGGAGACGUUCGAGAGCUACCUGCUGAAGCAUGACCCCUGUCGCAUGCUCCAGAUCUCUCGUGUAGAAGGCAAGAUCUCGCCCAUCUCCGGCAAAUCUCCCAACAUCAAAGACCUCGCGCCCGACAGCUACCUGGUAGUGGCGGCCCACUACAAAAGCAAGAAGUAAAGAAGAAAUGUACUAAAGAAACAAUGACUUUUAACGUAACUUUGAAGCACAGCUCACUGGCUAGCCGUUGUAGAUGCCACAAGGACACAUGGACUUCUACUGGCUUCUAGAACUAAAAUUUCAAAGAGAAAAACAAAUCAUAAUACAUAAAUAACAUUUUAGAUCAAUUAGUUUGUGCAUAACAAAGAUACUGAACUGGAAUCCAGAAACAAGGCUGUUUUAUUGUAUACCAAAUUCUUACAUUUCUUUUCUUUUUAGCCUCUUAUUGUUUAAUUGAUUAAAUAUAAAUUGCAUAAUAACCUUUUAUAUUCAAUAGUGUCUAUAUGGAAUGAAAUCGCUGGAUGAAUUGAAGUAUUUACUUCUACCCUGGUGGCUAUUCUUUUUAGUGCUUCUAAUACUAACAAUAUUAAUGACUUUUUUUGGGAGUAUUAUUAUGCUCUUUUGAUGUCAUGAUAUAUAUAUUUUCUGACAUUUAUUGUAUUACACUGUGCUCACCUUGCUCUGUUGGAGAAUGUAAUCUGUUCAUGCCCAGUGUUGGGGGUAAUGCAUUACAAGUAAAGCAAGUUAGUAUCAAUUACUUUUUCACAUAACUAGUAAAGUAAUGCAUUACUUUUAAAGUUACUUUUUCAGAUAAGUAACGCAAGUUACUUUGUUUUCCUAAUUAUUCUCUGACAUCUCUCCUGUCUCGUGUUGAGAGAAAUUGUGAGGUGCAGAGGC